AUGGUGUCUGCACCACUGUUGGCGUGUGUUGAUGACGGCACGAGUUUAAGUAAAACAAAGAGUCUCUGCGACGGGGAUUACGUGGCUAAUGACGAUAACAGCGAAUGUCUUAAAAACAAAGAAAUAGGAGACGCAUGCACUGCGGCUGAUAAUGUUUGCACAACAGUGGGCACUGUGUGUGUUGAUGACGGCACGAGUGCAAGUACAACAAAGUGUCUCUGUGACGGGACCUACGUGGCUAACGCCGGAACCACCGCUUGUCUUAAAAAAAUCGACGCAGAUUGCACGGAUGCAAAUGAUUGCAUAGCUAAUACUGCAUGUUCCGGAAGCCCUACGAAAUGUCAGUGUGCCACUGACUUCACUUCCAACGCCGACAAAACAAAGUGCCUUGGGAACAAAGAAAUAGGAGACGCAUGCACUGCGGCUGAUAAUGUUUGCACAACAGUGGGCACUGUGUGUGUUGAUGACGGCACGAGUGCAAGUACAACAAAGUGUCUCUGUGACGGGACCUACGUGGCUAACGCCGGAACCACCGCUUGUCUUAAAAAAAUCGACGCGGAUUGCACGGAUGCAAAUGAUUGCAUAGCUAAUACUGCAUGUUCCGGAAGCCCUACGAAAUGUCAGUGUGCCGCUGACUUCACUUCCAACGCCGACAAAACAAAGUGCCUUGGGAACAAAGAAAUCGGAGACGCGUGCACUGUGUCUGCUAAUGUUUGCACAACAGUGGGCACUGCGUGUGUUACUGACGGCGGAAGUACAAGUACAACAAAGUGUCUCUGUGCCGGUGACUACGUGGCUAAUACCGGAACCACCGCUUGUCUAAAAAAAUUGGGGACAUCGUGCGGGUCAACAACUGUGUGUGCUGGUGAUGGCGUGUGUGACACCAACUCUGACUCUCCGACGUGUGUUAUUGGGGGUGGUGGAACAUGCGAUGCCGAUUCGAAGUGUGUAGCCAACUCAAAGUGUACUGAGACAAAAUGUACCUGCAGUAACGGAGAGGCUGAUAAAACAACGAAACUGUGUCCAUCCCCUAACGGCGAUUGUACUAACGGAGAUACAGUGUGUUCUGGUGCUGAUCCAAACUCUGCAUGUGUAUCUUCCGCGUGCGCAUGCAAAGUAACAUAUGAACUCACUGGUGCAGCUAAUGCAAAGCUCUGUUCUACGAAAGGAGUUGGCGCCUCUUGCUCUGCGAAUGGAAAUGAAUGCGCAGAACUAACAGGCGGAUACUGCAAAACAGACGAAUCACAGGCUGUUUGCGCUUGUGCAGAUAUAUUUGAAGCUGGAUCUGAAUCCAAAUGUACAGCCAAGGUUAUCGGAUCAAGCUGCACAGCUGGCACUGAUUGUGCUGACAUUACCAACGCAGUGUGUGAGUCGACCGAAUGUGCAUGUCCGUCCAAUUACUUUCCAAACGAGGCUAAAAGUGCCUGUUUAGCCGGAGUUGGCGCCUCUUGCUCUGCGAAUGGAAAUGAAUGCGCAGAACUAACAGGCGGAUACUGCAAAACAGACGAAUCACAGGCUGUUUGCGCUUGUGCAGAUAUAUUUGAAGCUGGAUCUGAAUCCAAAUGUACAGCCAAGGAUUGUACUAGCGUAGUUACAGUGUGUUCUAGUGCAGAUCCAAACUCUGCAUGUGUUUCUCCCUCUUGUACAUGCAAAGUAACGUAUGAGCUUAAUGGCGCUGCUGAUGCAAAUCUUUGUGCCGCCAAAGGAGUCGGCACCUCUUGUACUGCCAAUGGAAAUGAAUGCGACGUAAUAACAGGUGCACUCUGUGAUACCUCUGCAGACCCUACUGUUUGUGCCUGUUCAGGCACCCAUACGCUUAACGAAGAAGGAAGCCAAUGUAACCCUAAAAUGGCCCUCGGUGGUAUUUGCACAGAUUUAACAGAUUGCACGGCCACCGUCGCAAACUCUCUGUGUUCAGGUCCGACGGGAGCUACGACAUGUUCCUGUGCUGACGGAUAUACACAACAGGGCGACAUUUGCAAAGCAAAAUUCCUAACCACGUUUCACGAGGUUUUGGGAGAAAAUGGGGCUAUAAUAACGGACAACGACCCAGCGCGACAGCUGUAG